UCAGAAUGACUAAGAUCUAAAACACACAAAAGCCAAAUUUGGGGACUUCAAAGGCAAGGCAAAUUUAUUGUACAGCACAUUUCGGCAGCAGGACUAUUCAAGGUGCUUCAAAAAAACAAGAAAAACAAUAAGAAAAAUCUUCAGGAAAUUACCAAGAUGGAGGAAUGUGAAAGCCUGGACUCUGAAAUGACUGAGCUGCUGGAGUUUCAGGAUGAGGCUCUCAGCCAGGGUGAUGAAGACGAAGUGGAAGAGCUACAGAACAGUCUGCGAGAAGUCAUCCAGGACCAGUCUGUGAAGCCUAAACUCCAGUGCCUCAUGGUGGACCCAUCUUUUUCCAUGGUGACAGUUCAGAGUGAGGACAGCGGUAUCGUUUGGGAGACGGCCUCCAGCCGGUGCUCUACACCCUGGGCGUCUGAGGCAAGCUCCACAUCUGAAGCUUACAGCAUGGAGGGCUCUGGAGGCGCGGGAAAGAUCACCAUUGUCUUCGACGAGGACAAAGUAGUCCGCAGGAGGACGAGGUCCGGGGGGAGAAAUAGCAGGUUGGGGGACCGGCUAAGCCGACCUGGUAGUUCAAGGUCUGCUUCGACUUUGGGAGUAGAGAGACCAGAGAUGGCUGAGGUUUCUCUUCCUAACAUCAAAAAGGAGAAAAAGCCAACAGAGGCAGACUUGGAGGAGAUAAAAUCCAAAGAUCAGCAGUUGUUCAGUUUGAUUUCUGAAGGCUAUGAGAUUCUUAACAUCAGAGUCCCGUCCAAACUCCCCACAGUGGACGAGGAGGAGAGUAUGGACCUGAUGGACAAUUUGUCCUAUCUGGACCAGACUCCAAAGAUCAGGUCCAGAAACCACCAUGACUGGGCACAACACAGGGACCAGAUGGAAGAAGAGCAAACACCAGAUUACUCUGAGUCCUCAGAAGACACUUCACAGCCAUUGUCUGAAAAACAGCGUGGACCCAUAACUCCAGAGACAGAGAGCACUGCUAACAUCGACUACAUUGAAAAGUUCAUUCUUUUGGAUGUGGUGAUUCGUGGAGACGAAGCUCCACUGCAAAAAGAGGAAGAGAAGCUGCCUGCAAAAGCCCAAACAGAUGAGCAUGAAGCUUUAAAGGAGGCAACCGAGGAUACCUCUGUGUCCGAAGAGUCUUUUGUGGUUGUCACAGAUGCUGAGAUAUUUGGGGAACACCUGGAUGAGGUCUUCUAUGGAGAAGGACCUCCCAUUGAAGUGGUGAAGCAGAAGGAGGAAGGGGUAGAAAAGAUGAGAUCAAGACGUGAGAGCCAGCGAUCAAUGAAGGACGGUGGUUUGGUGUUGUUUGAAAGUGAGGAGACCACCCUUACUCCUAUUUUUAUCUCCCCGGGACCUCCCAAGAUCAUUGACCCUAUUCUCCUGGAGGAGCCCACUGCCAUGUCCUUCAUGUACUCAGACCUUUACGAGGACGCCGUGGGUGAGAGGAGAGGGAGUGAUGAGGAGUUCUUGGAGGCAGAGAGUGUGGCUUCCGAGAAAUCCUACAAGAGGCAGUUGUCGGAUUCAGAGGAGGAGGACGGGUAUCUGGAGAAGUUCAGGCUGAAAGAUGAAACACCAGCAUUUGACGUUCAGUCAGAGUCAGCAGAGGGUAAGGCUGGGGGGAGGAUGGUGUGGCCAUUUGAAAUGACUGGAUGCUUAAUCAGAGCAGCAGAGGAUGAAGAGGAGAUGAAAAAGACAAAAACUGAUAAACUGAAGACGUGGGAGGUACCUGAAAUGACUGAAGUGAAACAAGAACUUUUAACAGAAACAGAAGAAAAACCAUCAUCGGUGAUGGCUCAUGAUGAAGCUUUAGUGGAAGUCCCAGAAGAGUUACAUCAGGAGUCCAAAUCAAUGGAUCACAAGGAGAGUAAACAAGAGCAACAGUCGGUGGAGCCAAGCUCAGAAAGAACAUUUGAAACUCCCCAGAUGGAAAUCAAAGUAGAUGAAACCUUGCAGGGCAGAGAUGAAACAGCUACUGGGCAAAGGUUUACUGAAACCGAGCUGCAAUAUGAAACACAAAGAGAGACUGAAAAAAAAUCUGAGCCGCCUGCAGUGACACCAGAUUCAACAGCAUCAACUCUACCUAAAGGCAGAGAGGAGCCCCCAGUCUGCACUGAACACACUCUGCUAACAGAAACCACUGAAAGGAGUUUGUCUGAAGAAGGAGCACCUGUUGAGUCAAAGAUGGUGACUGCUGAUGAGAAACCUCCACCUGAGGCAGAAGUUGAAGUGAAAAAACCUGCAAAUUCAACAUUCAUCUCAACUGAAACACUCAUGGAAUCAGAGGCAUCUUCUUCUGCAUCUGUGCAUGAGAACAUAGAAAUACCUUCUCAAGAUGUGGCCCCUCUCAAAGUUGUCAUUGACUGUGACUGUGACUGUGACUAUGCAGCGCAGACAGUGGAGGAGGUGUUGGAGAAAGCAGUGAAUAAAGAAGAGAUGCAGACCCAAGUUAAGACUGAUGUACAGGAGGUUGCAGAGGCAAUACCACUUGUUCCUGAGGCAGAAGAACAACACAAGCACCUGACAUAUGAAUCUUCUGAGAAGAGUAAGGCUGCAGCUGCUGAUCAGGAGUCAGGAGUUAAAACUGAGACGUCAGGUGAAAUAACCCAACCUGCAGAGUCUAAAGAAAUCGAUUUGGAGUCAAACAACAAACACCAAGAGAUGCAACAAGAAGAGACAACUGACUGUCAAUCAGACAACCUAAAACCAUCAGCAGAACCCAAAUCUAGAACGUCUGCAGAGGACACUGGGUCAUGUGUGCAGGACGUAGUGAAUGUAGGUGAUGAGUUAAUCCUCCUAGUUCCUAAAGGAAAGGCUGUAGAGAUGGACAUAGAGAUUGGUCAGUGGUCUGAGGACAUUAUAAAAGAGACAGUUCCUACACCUGAACCUUGCAUCUUCUCUGAGGUUCAGGUACAUGAGCCUCAAGCAGAGGAAGAACCAAUAGUUCCUAUAAAGGAAGAAGAACUUCCCAGUAGUGAGUUAGACUCAGAGGCUUUAACACCUGCAGCUGGAGAUGAAGCCAGCACUGAGAACCUGGAGACUCAUGAGGACAAACUCGUCUUCUCUACGCUGAGAAGCUUCACUCCUCAGGAGCAUUUAUCUGAGCUUCAUGGAGAUGAUGUACAUGCAGAAAAAUCAGAACAAAAAACAGACAUCUAUGAGAUGGAGGGGAAAUCAGAAAUAAAUCUACUGAAAGAGGAUGCAGCACCGGGUCUUCAUCUGCACAGUGAAGAUGUAGAACAAAUUAAGGAGAAAAGUGAGACGGUUUUAGAGGCUAUAGAAGAAACCGUGGAUGACCUUGGAUAUGAAGUGAUUGGUGAGGAAGAUGCAAAAGGUAUGCUUGAAUCUGAGAUCCAAAGAGAAGAAGAAGAGGAAGAGCCCUAUCAGAGGCUGAAGGAGAAGAUGGAGACAGAGGUAGAGAAGGAUGACCUUGAUGAGGCUGAUUAUGAAAUUAUUGAUGCAGAGGAGGAGAGUGAGUCCCGCCUGGCUGCUGAGCUACAGGGCAUGGACUGGUUCUGUCACACCUGUGGAUGUCUGCUGUCAGAGGACGAAUGUAGAUCUGAGGAGCAUCAUGGCCACCAGGUCUGCUUGGUGGAAAAAGCCUAUGAGGAUAUAAAGGAGACUCUGGGUAGCUGGAUCUCAGAGCUUCAAGCAAGAUCAGAAAACAUUGAGGACUUGGUGUCUGAGCUGGAGCUGGCCUACAAUUCUGUGGAGGAUCAGUUCACGGAGAGCGAAGCAGCCAUGCGGGCGGAAAACGAGGAGAUGAUGGCUCUUGUGAUGGAGCAGUACAACGCCAUGUCCGUCAGCAUGGAGGAGGAGAAGAAAGCCAAGCUGGAGCAGCUUUACGACAAGAUCGUUUCCUACCAGGAGAACAUAGACUCAGCCAAAACCACUCUGGAGACAACGGCCAGGGAGGCAGAGACGGAUGCCAGAUCACCAGAGGACAUUCAUGCAAGACUCCAAACUGCUCUGGACUCAGCCUUGUCACUGGAGUUGAGUCCUAAGGGACUGCUGGUGUUCGAGGACUACACCACGGCCAAUUCCUCAAGCUCAAACCUCGCACAGCGCAAAGGCAUUCCAGUGCCCCAAAGGCCCACUCUGCAGCCCCAGGAGCACAGCUCAGCUUCCAGCACUAGUGUCACAGUUUACUGGAAAGUCAAUCCAGGAGACAUCAUAGACUGCUUUCAGGUCUACUGUGUGGAGGAUCCACAAGGAGCUGUGUCAGAGGAGUACCGUGUGACAGUGAAGGAGAGCUACUGCGUCCUGGAGGACUUAGAGCCUGACAGGAAGUACAAGGUGUGGGUGAUGGCCGUCAACUAUGCAGGCUGCUCUCUGCCCAGCGAGAGACUCCUCUUCAGUACAGCUCCAUCUGUGCCGGUGAUCAAUACAGAGCGCUGCAGUGUCAUGUGGGACUCAGCCACGCUGAGGUGGAGCUCAGCAAAAGCGUCUCCAGGACUGAGUUACACUUUGGAGUACUGCCGACAGUAUGAACUGGAGGGAGAGGGGCUCAGAUCGAUCUCAGGAAUGAAAGCGUGUGAACAGAAGGUUGUCCUGCAGCCCAAUGAGAACUACCUGUUUUACAUCAAAGCUGUGAAUGAGGCUGGAGCCAGUGAACAGAGUGAGGCUGCACUCAUUUCUACGAAAGGGACGAGAUUCCAGCUCCUGAAAUCCUCGGCUCAUCCCGCUCUGAUGCUGUCAGAUGAUUACACCACACUGCAGUUUUCCCAUGAUGCUCACCAUGCCAACGCACCCACAAACAAGGAGUGUCCAUCCAUCCUGGGUGAGUUGUUGCCUUCACGAGGGCUCCACUACUGGGAGACAGUUGUGUCCGAUAGUCCAGCUUACAGGCUUGGAGUAACAUGCAGUGCAGAUAAUCUAAACGGCUCACUUGGGGAAAACAGCUCCUCGUGGUGUUUGCAGUGUACUCCUGGGCCUUCAGGGUGUAGGUAUCAGUUACUCCACAACCGCGUUCAGUCCUCUGUGUUUGUGACUGAGACACCUGAUCGAGUGGGAGCCUUCCUGGAUCACCAGCUCAGCUGUUUGUCCUUCUACAACGCCCGCAGCGGCCAGUUGCUGGGUACCUUCACCCAGCGCUUCAGCCAGCCCUGCCACCCUGCUCUGGCUCUGGAGCAACCAGGCAGCCUGCAGGUCUGCAUGGUGCCGGAGGUGCCGGAGUUUACAAAAAGCUAGCACUGACACUUGCCUCACUGACUGUAAGGUUUACAAAAAACACUGGACAUUUGUUGGUUAUAUAUAAUCUUACUUUGUAAUGAUUAAAGUGACCACUGUUGGAGAACAGUGUUAGAAACCUAAUUAUAAAUGUGUGGUUUUACUAAAACGUCUUGAUCAGUAUUUUGAAGCCAAUUUCUUAGAGACAAACUAAAUUAAACUUUUUAUUAUAUUUUAUAACAGAACAGGACAUUAAAAAUCAGAAAGAACGUAGGUCGUCUUCUGUUCUACACACAGAACAGAACCUAUUAUCUGGUGCACUCUAUCAUGCGGGAGAGAUCUACAGUUUUGAGCAUGCUCAAAACUUCUGUGGUGAGAUAGUAGUGGGUCAUUGUCAGGGUGACAACCUAUCUGGGUCCUAGUUGCUGCGUGGAGAUGCCUGUUACAGCAGUGGUGGAUUAUCCAUGAGGUAUUGCCCAGACACACCUACAUGGCUGGGCCAUUGAAGAUUUUAAAGACGGGUUUGUCACAACGAUCAAUGCUGAGGACUCAGCUGUAAAAACAGAAACACACUAAACAGCUGACAUGAACAAUUCACACUUUGAAAAACUAAGCAGAAACUAUCCUCACCCUACUCACACGUCUUGCACAUAUAGAGAUCAGUAUCUGGUGGAUGCCUCAGGGUUCGCUGCUGGGGAGAGGCGCACACGUCCAAAAUGCACAUGUGUAGGUUGCUCUGUGACCGAGUUCUUCAGGAUGCAGUUCAGAUUCAAAAUGUGUUUCUUUAAUGCUCCUGGCAUCAUGUUCAGUGAUGAAGAUGGAUGAGUACGAGGAAGAGGAAGAAAAAGUGUGACCAUUGGAUCUUAGUGUUUAUAUUAUAAAUAGACUAUACUUGCAAUAUGACAUGUAAAAGACACUUUUCGGCUUCAUAACCUUGGUGUGCUCAGCUCAGACUUAUUUGUGAAAAACCCACACAUUUUGGAUAUAUUACCUUAGUUCCCUCUGUUUGCACUGAUAGAGUAAAAUUAUUGCACAAAAUGACAUGCUUGACAGGGGGCUAUGUGUCAUAUACAAACCUCCCUCUUCUGCAUCCUUUAAAUGCUGCUGAUUAACCAAAGAAAAUACUGAUGCAUUUCCUCCUCCUGGAGUCGUACUCCAGAGGAGGAAAUGCAUCAGAAUUUUCAAACUGAUCGUGGUGGUGCAGAAACCUCCCACAUUUAUGGAUGAAUUUAGCAGAAUGAGAUGAAACUAACUGAAAAUGUUACAACUCAGUAUCAUAAAAGGAGUUUACCUUCUCACUGACAUGAAGAUUCUUGACACCGUAGGAUGGUUUCAAUCCAGUAUGAAGGUAGUCUUACCAAAAAUAUAGAAUUAAUACUAAACAACAUGGAUUUACAUCUGUGCUUCCUGAUUUUUUGUUCCUUCAACAAACUGAAAGGCUGUGGAUAAUUUUGUAAUCACUGAUCUGUUGUUAGAGCUUUGUAUUGUUUUUAAUCUGUUUUAUAGUUUUCCACAUUGUCUGAUGUCAUCUAACAAUUAACAGUAAUCAAACAUCUAUUGUGUUUUGUGUAUCUUGUCACUCGCCAAUUAGUUCAGGUCUUCUCUUCUCAUAGUUUGACUGUGUUUAUACCUCCAAGCUGACUGUUGCACCUUUCAAACUGUUUCUUACUGUGAAUAGGUUGUUUUUUUUUUUUUUUGUAAAUAACCUUUUUAAAGAACAGAAAAACAGAAGUGAUCUGUUAUUGUUAUGUGUUACAGACAGUUUUAGUUUUCUUAUCUUGCGAAAUAAUUUUGUCUAAAAUUUCGGAUUAUGUUUAAAUUGAAAACAAUUGUCUUGUUGGUUUAACAUCAUUUCACCGCUAGAGGGCAUCAGCACUCCAUCUGCUGUGAUGCUGUUUUCUUGUAUAUUUAUCUUGGAAAUCUCCUGCACAAAAUUAAACAAUAAAACCAGACCUCAAAUUA